AUGCCAGCCAAAAAGCCGUCGAAGCGGAAGAAGAAAGUCGAGAUCGCCUGUGUGUACUGCCGCCGCUCGCACAUGAUCUGCGACGACUCUAGGCCGUGUAAACGCUGCAUCAAGCGGAACAUCGGCCACUUGUGCCACGACGAGCCUGUCAAUUCAAGACAGCGUAAGAAGGCUGGGGUAGAUGACCCCGAAGCCGAAGCCGGUAGUAACGGCAAUGGCCCCCGCUCGUUUCUUGAGCAACCGCAGCAGAUCCAGCCCCAGCCGUUCGUCCAGUUUGAUCACACGUUGCCGAACUCGGCGAGCCAAAUCUCGCUCUCCAAUCUCGGGGCGUCCAGCUCCGUGCUAGCACAGACCUACAACCCGUUCUUCUUCUCUGAACACGCAGGCAACGAGUUCUCCUCUUUGAAUGCGUUCUUAGACAUGAUCGACGACUCUGAGUUAAACUUCAUUCCCGGCGUGAACGAGAUUGCAUUUGGGGAUACCAUGAGUCCCGAGCUUCCGAUGCCAGCACAGCCCCCGCCUCAAAUCCAGCAGAUCCAACACGCAGUGCCCCAGCAGCCCCAUCAGUUGCGCCAGAGUUUCAACGGUAACAAUAAUGACUCACUACAGAAUGUAUUUCAGACCGCAGGGCCGCUUCCCAACAGCCCGCUGUUCAAUCUGCAGCCGGAAAACCAGCCGAUGGUAUCUGACUCAGCCAAAGCAAAGUUCUUUUUGACGGCUGCGGACCCCACGACUGAGAUUUCGCCCGAAGAGCGGUUGAAACAGGUCAUUCACGCCAAGUUGGAGGCUGGGUUGUUGCAGCCAUACAACUAUGCCAAGGGUUAUGCCCGUCUCCAGGCCUAUAUGGACAACUACAUGAACCAAUCAUCAAGACAGCGUAUCUUAAAGCCGUUACUGGUGUUCCGGCCGGCGUUCCGCGCGAUUGCACGAACGUUGAAGGACGUGGACUUGGUGCUCGUGGAGGAAGUGUUUGAGCGCAUGUUGUUAGACUACGACAGAGUGUUCACGUCUAUGGCGAUUCCGGCGUGUUUGUGGCGCCGUACAGGGGAGAUAUACCGAGGGAACAAGGAGUUUGCCUCGUUGGUAGAGGUUAGUGUGGACGAGCUAAAGGACGGGAAGUUGGCCAUUUAUGAAUUGAUGAGCGAGGAGAGUGCCGUCAACUUCUGGGAGAAGUACGGGGCUAUUGCGUUCGAUAAGGGUCAAAAGGCCGUGUUGACAAGCUGCAACUUGCGCACCAGAGACGGCCGAAAGAGACGUGCAUGUUGUUUCUCGUUCACCAUCAGAAGAGACCGGUACAACAUCCCUAGUUGUAUAGUCGGAAACUUUAUUCCAAUUGAUGAAUAGAGGUAAUGGGUGUUAGACCCAUGUUUUACAACUACGCGUGUUUAUACUGUUAUUGAUUAAAGAAUACAGCUGUUGCAGGCUAUUUGUUGGAUUUUAUUGCUAGUAACAUGCCCUCUAGGGCUAGUUCCUGUCCGCAUCUGCAGGUCUUGCACGGCCGAGUUUUCGUUUCAAGGUGUAUAUGAACUAUAGAUCUCGUUU